UAUAGGUAUCGAAACUGAAAACACACACACACACACACACACACGCACACACACAUAAGCCUUUCGCGGUGUCAAUGUUCGCGCGAUGAAUUUAUUCGACAUGGUUUUGUUUAAAUUCUUGGUGCUGUUUUACUGCAUGAGUGAUUCACUAGGUCAGUAUGAAAAUCGCCUGAACAAGUACAUUCGGCACUACGAGGGUUUGUCCUACGACACGAACGUCCUUCACAGCAAACACCAGCGAGCUAAAAGAGCUCUGUCUCACGAGGACAAGUUCGUCCAUCUGGAGUUCCACGCUCAUGGCAGAUAUUUUAAUCUGCGGAUGAAGAGGGACACGUCUCUGUUUGCCCCAGACUUGACGGUGGAGAUCUCUGGACAGGAGACACCGAUUGACACCUCGCAUAUUUACAGCGGAGAGCUCUUCGGUGAGAAGGACACUCUGACUCAUGGGUCUAUUGUGGAUGGAAAGUUUGAGGGCUUCAUUCAGAGUCAUCGAGGCAUGUAUUAUGUGGAACCGGCUGAGCGAUACCUCGGAGUGCGAAAAGUACCCUACCACUCUGUCAUCUACCAUGAGGACGACAUCGAUUACCCUCACAAGUACGGCCGAGAGGGAGGCUGUGCAGAUCACUCCGUGUUCGAGAGGAUGAGGAAGUACCAGGCAUCUGCUGUGGAGACUCACGCUGAGGAAAAGAACAGACAGCAUGCAGUGGACGAAGAGGAGGAUAUAACAGGGCCAGUGAUCCUGAGGAAGCGUCGAGCCGCUCAAGCUGAGAAAAACACCUGCCAGCUCUUCAUCCAAACAGACCACCUCUUCUACCAGUACUACCGUACUAGAGAGGCCGUCAUAGCUCAGAUCUCCAGUCAUGUUAAGGCCAUCGACUCAAUCUAUCAGUCCACAGACUUCCAGGGCAUCCGCAACAUCAGCUUUAUGGUCAAGAGGAUCAGGAUUAACACGACGAGUGAUGAGACUGACAGAACAAACCCUUUCCGUUUCCCCAACAUCGGUGUAGAGAAGUUUCUGGAGCUGAAUUCAGAACAGAACCAUGACGAAUUCUGCCUGGCUUACGUCUUCACUGACAGAGACUUUGAUGACGGAGUUCUGGGAUUAGCCUGGGUUGGAGCACCCUCAGGAAGCUCUGGUGGGAUUUGUGAGAAGAAUAAACAAUACUCCGAUAAUAAAAAGAAGUCUCUUAACACUGGCAUCAUCACCGUUCAGAACUAUGGCAGCCACGUUCCCCCUAAAGUGUCCCACAUCACCUUCGCCCAUGAGGUCGGACACAACUUCGGCUCCCCUCAUGACUCUGGCAGUGAGUGUACUCCGGGAGAGUCAAAGACCUCUGACAUGAAGGAGCGAGGCAACUACAUCAUGUAUGCCAGAGCCACGUCCGGAGACAAGUUAAACAACAACAAGUUCUCCAUCUGCAGCAUCCGCAACAUCAGCAGGGUGUUGGAUGCGAAGAGAUCCCAAUGUUUUGUCGAGUCUGGCCAGCCCAUCUGUGGAAACGGUUUGGUGGAGGUUGGGGAACAGUGUGACUGUGGCUACAGUGAUCACUGUAAAGACACUUGCUGCCACAAUGCCAAUGAGCCAGAUGGCAAGAAGUGCACACUGAAGCCUGGAGCCAAGUGCAGUCCCAGUCAGGGCCCGUGCUGUACAGCUCAGUGUGAGUUUAAGGGCACUCAGGAAAAGUGUAGGAACGAGUCGGAUUGCGCUCUUGAGGGCAAGUGCAGCGGCACCACAGCACAGUGUCCUACUUCUACUCCAAAGGCCAACUUAACAGCAUGCAACGGGGAGACACAAGUCUGCAUCAAUGGGGUCUGCACUGGCUCUAUCUGUGAGAGCUUCAACCUGGAGGUGUGCACAUGUGCCAGUGAAGAUGGGAAGGAUGAGACAGAGUUGUGCCAUGUUUGCUGCAUGGAGAAGAAUAAGCCCAACACGUGCAGAAGUACAGGCUCUAAUGAAUGGGCAAGACACUUCAAUAAGAAGGUUCGCACCCUACAGCCUGGAUCUCCCUGUAACGACUUUAAAGGCUACUGUGACGUGUUUAUGAAGUGCAGGCUGGUGGAUGCUGACGGACCACUUGCCAGACUCAAGAAGGCUAUCUUUAACCCUGAGCUUUACAAGACCAUCGCUGAGUGGAUAGUGAUUUAUUGGUGGGCUGUGCUGUUGAUGGGUAUUGCUCUCAUCAUGUUGAUGGCUGGAUUCAUUAAGAUCUGCAGUGUUCACACACCAAGCAGCAACCCCAAACUACCCCCACCAAGACCACUGCCAGGUACAUUGAAGAGGAGGAGAGCUCAGGGUCAGAGCGCUCAGACUCAGCCACAGCGUGCACAUCUUCGCCAGCCCAGAGAUACCUAUCAGAUGGGUCAGAUGCGCCGCUAAGCUCCGCACUCCGCCUUGGUUCUUCCUAGUGCCUACAACAGGAAACACUUUACUCCAAAGAGUUACUGAACCAAUCAAUUAACCCCAUCCACAGUCUUACAGAGCUGUCUAAAGGAAACAGCAAACUCCCACAACAAACUUCAAACAAACUGCUCUGUAAAGCAAUGAUGCUGUCCUCACACUGAAUAAAGACCAGAUGAGGAAAAGAGAGAAUCACUGCUUUGUUUUCUUAUGUGGAUAUCUAUUUCCCCCUUCCCCCCCCUUCUUUUCUUGGGCAUAUCUCUGUAAGUGGAGUGCUUCAAGGGUCUGGUCUCUGUCCACUUUUAAUUCUCUUUUUUCCUCCACCCGUAUUUUCCCCAAACACUGCCAUCCUGCUAGGAAUGACAUGAUGGGGAAGCGCAGAGACCCUGUGGUCCGGCAAGGCAAGGCUGGGUGAGCAAGAGCACCUUCUUCAUAGACUCUGUUGCCAAUGUGAUUAAAAAUAUCCUCAAUGAAAAGUAGAAAUAUAUCAAAUGCAAGAUUUUUUUUUUUUAAAGAUCACAUUCUCUCUCUUUCUCUCUUUUCAUUUGUAUAGUUUUUCCACUAAAUGUUUUUUUUUCUUUCUUGAUGCGUCGUAUGAUUGUGUUUUUGCUUCUGGUGAAGUUAUUUACUAUUUUGAUUGACACUCAGGACAAAUUAAAAAGCCUAAAGCAUUAUGUGUCAGCGAGGUGAAUGGAAAAUGCCUGAUGAUUAUUGGCGAUGUGUUUUUAUUUGCUCUGCACGUCCCUGUUUUGUUCUAUGACCAAGACUGAGUAUUCUUGUUCUUGUAAGUUUCAUCCUAUUCUCACACUCUGUUUGCAUUAGAAGAGUUGCCUCGUUUAGACUGAGUGAAAUUUUAAAAUCCUGAGAACAGGAGCAAGAGAGACAAUGAGACUUGUGAUUGUGUUACCUUUUGGUGAAUGGCCUUAUUUCACAUACAUUUCAGCUGUGAAAGCUUGUGAGAAGUAUGCUGAUGUUGUAUUUGUAGUGUUGAGUUCAUGUCGGAUCCACCACUGUCAGAGAUGUUUUACAACUGCCUAGAAAUUUCCUGUGGCAUGACUAUGGUCAAAAUCUUUGUUUCUCUGAGAACAACCACUAAUACAGAGACCUGCUGGGAGGAUUUUGGAGUUUGGAAAACAAACUAGAGGAAAACUAGGAGGACUUUAUGAGUACAUGUUGUGGUUUCUACAUGACUACUUUCCAUAUCGAAGUGAAUACAGAAAGUUCAUUCAGGAAAUAAACCAAGCAGGAUCUGAAAACCUAAAUACGUUAGUAGUGGAACUGUGUUUAAAAUGUAGCCUUUUCAGAUGUUCACCUAUUUAUACAUGAGUUGUUGAUAAAAUAAUGGCAUCCUUAAGCCUGGUUCCAGAUCCACAGCAUUUUGCUGGUUGAUUUUUAGCUAGAUUUUUGUGAUGGAAAAGUGACAUUUUGAGAUUAAGCACCAGCUGGGAAACCACCACAACAGCUUUUCAGCAUAGAAGUGCUAUAAUUAUUUCAGAUUGUCCCAUCUCUACUCUGCAAAAGUUCUUCAGAUGGAACAACGCAAAUUUGUUUCUAUAUUAGAGCACCUGCGGUCCAACCCUUAUUCUGUACUCCAUGUGCAGAAGAUGAUCUGUAAACACUUUCUACUGUGCCUGAUGAGCAGCAGGACAGAUUUGUGCCAGUCUCUUAUAGGUAUAGGGUCAUAUACACAUCUGAGAAGAAAAGACUCAGUUCAGGGGCGCACGGUGGCUUAGUGGUUAGCAUGUUCGCCUCACACCUCCAGGGUCGGGGGUUCGAUUCCCACCGUGGCCCUGUGUGUGCGGAGUUUGCAUGUUCUCCCUGUGCUGUGGGGGUUUCCUCCCACAGUCCAAACACAUGCAUGGUAGGCUGAUUGGUAUGUCUGCAGUGUGUGAGUGUGUAUGUGAUUGUGCCCUGCGAUGGAUUGGCCCCCUGUCCAGGGUGUACCCUGCCUUGUGCCCCAUGCUCCCUGGGAUAGGCUCCAGGUUUCCCUGUGACCCUGAAGAGGAUAAGCAGUAUAGAAGAUGGAUGGAUACUCAGCUCAGAGAGGGUGGACUGUCAGGCAGUCAUUAAAGCGGCGCUAAUUUUUAAUUUUUUUUUAUAUUCCUUAUUUUACGUUUCUUGAUGCAAACACGUGUACCAAAAUAAAAUCGUUAUAUUCUGUUUAUAAUAAAACACUCUUUCUUGUUGGAAUGUUUGUUGGUCCAUUUGUCAACUGGAUUCAAAGUUUUUCAUGAUCUAGAGCUCUCUUGAAAAGAGGAUUGUAACAGCUCUCUUACAGAUCACUUACAGUGCGCUCCAAGGUCCUCCCUUAAGGCAUGACUGAUUAGUGGACAGGCCAUUUCAUUUGCUCCUUCAUUAGGAAAGUGAGUUAUGCGUUUAUUCUACUCGACAAGUGUUGCCGAACAGUGGUUGGUGGUUUGAGUUUUGCUUGAACUUAAAGGCUCUGAUCGUACUGAAUAAUUCUUGUUCUUCUGUGGUAAAGUGGUGUGGGAAAUCUUUCUUUGGGCAGGGAAGACUUUUUGUAAUUCAGAUAUGGAUGCAAAAUGUGUGGAAAUUGAAAGAGAAAUAUGUCUAAUACUACUGUUUGAUUUUAAUGGCCGCUGUGUUUUAUGCAGUACCCCCUUUUUUGUGAGUUUUACUUUUUCAUAAUUCAGAUUUUUUUUUCCCUUUUCCUUUAAUUUGCUCUCAAUUUAAAAAAAAAAACAAACAAACAACUUUUUACUAAGAAUGCAAAACGUAUUGUGCAAAGAUAUGUAAUUUUUUUGAAGUACUUGAAAUGCAUUAAUAAAUAGAUUUGGUCAAUUUCUCAAUACACAGUUUAUUCACAUUAAUAAAAACAGACUUGGAAAAACA